CACAGAUAUAUUCUUUAGGUCAGGCGAGAAGGAAGAACAAGAAGACAAAUUGGGUUCAUUUAUAUCCGUUCCUUCUUUAACAAAUUUGUUUUGAUAACUAUUUUGUGGUUUUGCUUAUUUGCAUCAAAUAUUUUUCAAUUACGUAAUUCCCAGACGCUCAGAAAUGGCAGCCCCUGGAAGACGUCUUAUUCCUCUCUUAAACAGAGUUCUGGUCGAGAGAUUUACUGCAGAAAUGAAAACAAAAGGAGGAAUAAUGAUUCCUGAAACAGCUCAAACUAAGGUUCAGAGUGCGACUGUAGUAGCUAUAGGCCCUGGACGUCGAAAUGAGAAAGGAGAGCUAAUCCCUGUGAGUUUGAAAGUUGGAGACAAGGUAUUGUUGCCUGAAUGGGGAGGUACAAAACUAGAAAUUGAAGAAAAGGAAUAUCACCUUUUUCAGGAUAGUGACAUCCUUGGAAAAUGGGAAAGCUGAAAUAAUCUAGGUAUAAACAACUUGGAACAGAAAUCAUGGUCAUAAUCAUCGGUCUUUUUUGUUUCUUUUUUUUUAUAAUUACCAUCACACUUGUGGAUCCAACUACUCAUUUAGCUGCUUAUUAUUUAGAACAUAUAAUUAGUAUUGAAACUUGAAUAGAAAGGAAUAAAGUUUAGUCCAGAUUUCAUGUUACUUUGUGAGGUUUAAUUAAAUGUACUUUUACAAUUAA